AUGAGUACAUCAAUGGCAACUUCACCUCACACUCAUCUUCUCCAAAACCACAACAUUUUCAACCACCCCACCAAAAAACAUCACAACCUUCUCUCAUUGUCCUUCAAACCCAUCUCAAUCAAAUGCGCCACCACCCAACCCCAACAAGACCGCGUCUUCAACUUCGCCGCCGGCCCCGCCACCCUACCAGGAAACGUCCUCCUCAAAGCCCAAUCAGAGCUCUACAACUGGAACGGAUCCGGCAUGAGCGUCAUGGAAAUGAGUCACAGAGGCAAAGAGUUUCUCUCCAUAAUCCAAAAAGCAGAAUCAGAUCUACGUGCCCUCUUACAGAUCCCAGCUCAAUACUCUCUUCUAUUCCUCCAAGGCGGCGCCACCACCCAAUUCGCCGCCUUGCCUUUAAACCUCUGCACCCCACAAGACACUGUCGAUUACAUCGUUACCGGUUCCUGGGGCGACAAAGCAGCUAAGGAAGCACAAAAGUAUUGUAACCCGAAAGUAAUCUGGUCUGGGAAAUCUGAAAAGUAUACACAGAUUCCAUCCUUUUAUGAUUUUCAACAAAACCCAGAUGCUAGAUAUUUGCAUAUAUGCGCAAAUGAAACUAUUCAUGGAGUUGAGUUUAAGGAUAGUAAUUACCCUAACCCUAGAAAUGCUACUGGGAUUUUGGUCGCUGAUAUGUCUUCAAAUUUCUGUUCAAAGCCCGUUGAUGUCUCUAAAUUUGGAGUUAUUUAUGCUGGGGCUCAGAAAAAUGUAGGACCCUCUGGUGUAACAAUUGUGAUCAUAAGAAAAGAUUUGAUUGGGAAUGCUCAAAGUUUUACUCCAGUGAUGCUUGAUUAUAAGAUACAUGAUGAGAACAAUUCACUUUAUAACACUCCUCCAUGUUAUGGUAUUUACAUGUGUGGUUUGGUUUUUGAGGAUCUUUUGAAACAAGGUGGUUUGAAGGAGGUUGAGAAGAAUAACAAGAAGAAAGCUCAGAUUCUGUUUGAUGCUAUUGAUGGGAGUAGAGGGUUUUAUAGGUGUCCUGUGGAGAAAUCUGUGAGGUCUUUGAUGAAUGUUCCUUUUACUUUGGAGAAACAGGAAUUGGAGGGUGAGUUUGUUAAGGAAGCUGCUAAGGAAAAGAUGGUUCAACUUAAGGGACAUAGGUCUGUUGGUGGUAUGAGAGCUUCUAUAUAUAAUGCUAUGCCCAUGGCUGGAGUUGAGAAGUUGGUUGCUUUCAUGAAAGAUUUUCAGGCCAAGCAUGCUUAG